AUGAUGAUUCGCAUUCGCCCUCCUAGUGCUGGCGAAUCUAUUCUCUGUAUCGAUGGCGGCGGAGUUAGAGGAAUUAUUCCCUUGAUGAUGUUAAUUGGUGUUCAAGAACCUCUCGACCUCCUAAUACCUGUUCAGGAACUCUUUACGAUGGUAUAUGGAAUAAGCGUUGGUCUCCUUCGAUGGAUCUUGUCAUUCUUUACAGACUCCGUGUAUGAACCUCAAGGGAUUGAGAAAGCUUUGAUGAAGUUGCAUGGCAAUAACAAGAUGACUGAUAUCUCCUAUGCCACCUAUAUUGGUGCUAAAGUUGGCGUGUUGGCUGCUACCACUGAAAACCCUUCUGUCUAUCUCUUCACUAACUACAAUGGCGUGGGCAACCUAAGAAGCGGCUAUCAUGUUAUUAGAACGAGCGAGAAUGCAGAGUUAUGGGAAAUGAAGAAGCAGCUCUGCAGCCCCUGUAUACUUCCCCCUAAGUAUAUUCAAGGAAUUGGUAGUUUUCAGGAUGCCGGCAUAUUGAAGAAUAACCCAGUUGCCCUGGUAUUAUCGGAAUAUUAUGCUCUGCACGGCGAUAGAAAGCUAGAUAUUGUGUUGAACCUCGGUACUGGUUCAACACUGAGCCCGGUGCCCCCGGGUUAG